AGCAGCGCCAGGCAGCGUCCAGACGUGCGCAAAAAACGGUGAAAAGCUGCUUCAACUCGUCAUGUCCGCCCAAGACUCGAAGAUGUGGUCUGUCCACUACGACAUUGUCAUCGUUGGUGCUGGCGUUGCGGGUUCUGCGCUUGCACAUGCCCUCUCGACCCUUCCCCGCGAGAAGGGUCCCCUACGGAUAUGCCUUCUCGAACGCUCGCUCGCAGAACCGGAUCGCAUCGUUGGCGAGCUGUUGCAGCCUGGAGGGAUCGCCGCGCUGGAAAAGCUUGGGCUCGCCGACUGCGUGGAGGGAAUAGACGCGAUACCUGUACACGGCUACUGCGUUGUACUUGACGGUAAGCCUGUACACAUUCCCUAUCCCAAUGGAAGGACCGGCCGCAGCUUCCACCACGGACGCUUCAUCCAGGCGUUGCGCAAGAAGGCGAAAGCGGCACGCGGCGUCGAGGUCGUGGAGGCAACCGUGUCCGAGCUCGUCGGGUGCCCUAUCACGGGUCGCGUGCUCGGCGUGCGUGCUACACGUAAAGAGGAUGGUGCGGUCGAGAAGGAGGCUUUCCUAGCAGACCUCACCAUUAUCGCGGAUGGCUGCUUCUCCAACUUCCGGUCGUCCGUCGUGGGCACCGCCGCUCGCAAGCCCGAGUUAAAGAGUCACUUCGUCGGAGCUGUUCUCGAAAAUGCGCAGCUUCCCAUCGAGAGGCAUGGGACGGUUGUGCUUGUCAAAGGCUCAGGCCCUGUCCUCCUCUACCAAAUCGGUACUCACGACACGCGCAUCCUCGUUGACGUCAAAGCACCGCUCCCGAGCGACCUGAAGAGCCACAUUCUCGACAAUAUUAUCCCUCAACUUCCCUCUGCGCUACAUAUACCCGCACAGAAGGCCCUCAAGGCAGAUCGCCUGAGGCGUAUGCCAAACUCGUUUUUACCGUCGACAGAGCAGGGCGGGCGGCAUUCGAAGGAGGGGGUCCUGCUUCUCGGUGACUCAUGGAACAUGCGGCAUCCUCUCACGGGAGGCGGCAUGAUGUGCGCAUUCAACGACGUUGUUAUCCUUCGCGAGUAUUUGUCGCAGGUUGACGACUUUUCAAGCUGGAAGGAGAUGUCGAGCCUCUUGCACCGCUGGCAUUGGCGCAGAAAGGCCCUUGCGUCAACGGUGAACAUCCUUAGUGUCGCACUCUAUGAUCUGUUUGGAGCAGACGACGAAUCGCUGGAAGUCCUCCGGAUAGGCUGUUUCAAAUACUUCGAACGCGGCGGUGACUGCGUCAACGGCCCGGUUUCACUUCUUUCGGGCAUUAUCGCGUCGCCUGCGGUCCUCUUUUGGCACUUCUUCUCGGUCGCAUUCUAUUCCAUUUGGGUGAUGUUUACACAUCCGCAUACAGUAACAAGCGCGGACGGCAAGCCGAUACAGAUCGUGCCCAGUAUUGAUGCGUACCCAUACCUGUUCAUUAAAAGCAUUCAAGUGUUCUGGACGGCCUGUAUCGUCUUCGUCCCGCUUAUGUGGACCGAAGUCCGCUGGUGGUGAACGCGCCCCGCUAUCCUCGACUUGGGCGAUCUACACGCGUACGUCUUGCAUAUACAUCUUACAUUCUUUACCCUCCCAUAUAUCGCCUUAGGACUGGUGGCAUUGCGUCAGGGCUGCUGUUGUUUGGGUAUGAACGCUGUCAUAUUUAUGUAUAUCUAGUCUACGAGUAGAGCAUGCGUACGCAUAUACGACGUGCGCAGGACGGCUGUAGUUAUACCCAUACGUAAUGGAGGAAUAAUUAGAAGCAUUCUAGUUCAUGCGACGAAUGUGUGCAAGCCGAGAACUGGAGAGCCAUGGCAAGAUGCCAUAUGCCAGCUUUCCAAGAUAAUCAAACAGCCCAGGCGUCAGAGCCCGAAGGCACGCCCAGCCAAUCGAAGGUUGGCUGUGAGUGGCGCGUUCUUCUCGUUUCUCAAUUUAUCUCUCUCCUCAAUCCUCUCUGCUCAUGCGUAGCACGGGCCUCCCUCUCGCGCGGUAUUAUAAGGCGC